UUUGGCAAGUGGCAACUGUCAAAUUCACAGCAGAUUUUCUGAGAGGCGUUCAUUAUUUUUGCGUUUUAUUACAAUAAAUACAGUGAUAAUUCUUCAAAAUGUUGGCUUUAAUCAAUCGGAUCCUCGAUUGGAUUAAAAGCUUGUUUUGGAAGGAAGAAAUGGAACUCACUUUAGUCGGAUUGCAGUACUCUGGAAAAACAACUUUUGUUAACGUCAUUGCCUCCGGUCAAUUUAGCGAAGACAUGAUACCUACAGUUGGCUUCAACAUGAGGAAAAUCACAAAAGGAAAUGUCACGAUUAAGGUGUGGGAUAUUGGUGGCCAGCCAAGGUUCCGUUCUAUGUGGGAGAGGUACUGCCGAGGCGUUAAUGCUAUUGUGUACAUGGUGGACGCGGCGGACCAGGACAAGAUCGAGGCGUCGCGCAACGAGCUGCACAGCCUGCUGGAGAAGCAGCAGCUGACCGGCAUCCCGGUGCUGGUGCUGGGCAACAAGCGCGACCUGCCGCACGCGCUCGACGAGCACGGCCUCAUCGAGCGCAUGAACCUAUCAGCGAUCCAGGACCGUGAGAUCUGCUGUUACUCCAUCUCGUGCAAGGAGAAGGACAACAUCGACAUCACGCUGCAGUGGCUCAUCCAGCACAGUAAGUCGGGCUCCGCGCGCUAAGUCACGCCACCGAGCGCCUGGUACACCGCGUCGAUGAUAUCAUUGUAUCAUUGGGGCGCUUUCACAUUUAGGCGGUUUUAGCAGCGCGACAAAGUGCUGAUAGUAAGGGCUAUCGUUUUUAUACAACAGUGUAGAUGCGAGUUUGCAUUGAACGUCAUUGCUAGCGAGUGCGUCAAAAAAUCUAUGAAGACGCUAGCGUGUGCGUCAAAAAAUCUAUGAAGAUUUUAGUCCUAUCGGAUACAAUCUGUCAUACAUUUCAUGUAUAGACUCAAUAGUUCAAUACACUAAACUGUGCCACCCGUGACAUUGACAGGGGGGCGCCACCGUCAACACCGGAUCGCUAGUUCCGAUUUUUGACAUGUGGGAAACUAAAAAGUUGAAAGAUGGUGGCGCCUCCCUGCCAAUGAGUUUGGUGGGACAGUUCAGUGUAGGUCAUCUAUAAAUUUUUUUCGCAGUCGUUAGUGAUCACGUUUGGUGUAAACUCGUAAUAAACAUUCAGUUGGUGCCACAGUACUAAGAGCUUACUCUACAGUGGCGCCACCCUAGUGACUGCAAAUACGGUAGUCUACCGCUUCAGCGUUCACCAGUUGGCACCACUGUUUGAGUCAGUCAGUGACAGAACUUUACAUUGGCGGCAACUGUGAGGCUAAAUACGAUUGCCCUCAUUUCAUACCAUAGACAGCGCGGCAGCGGCGUUUUUUAUAAUGUGAAGGCAUCCGCUACUGCCGCGUUACUAUCGCGCUUCUGACGCCCUAAUGUGAAAGCGGCCUUAUAUAGUUCCAACAAGUUUUUCUAUUUAUCGUCGAUUUGCUGCUUCGGUUCUUAAAUAGAAUAGAAAUUAGUAAAUUUAGUUUUACAUUUAAAUUAAUCGCUUCGAACUCUCAGACGUACCAAAUAAUCUUACAUCGCGUUUUUGACAGGUACACGUUUGCGAAGCGUAUAGAUUUUCUCUCUAAACUAUCCUUACAAAACCAUAUUUUUUCACAAAAACGACAUUCCUCAUUUAGAUCGGUUUGAGCAAAUCAUAUUUAGGAAUUGAUGAUAGUAGAUCCCCAUAGUCUAGAUUUUUUUAAAUACAAUAGGAAUAAGAAAGGUCUAAGUUUCAAGACAUGGUCAACACACUAUCGGUGCGCGUAAUGUAGCUUUGCAAUAAAUUAUUACCUGUUUUCGUAACACAUAAGCGUACUUUACACAGAUAUUAAUAAUUAUUAUUAUGUAAAGUCUAGUUACGGAAGCGAGAACAAAUAAACUGAGUCAUGCAUGCUGACUGCUAAUGACUUACGUAAGACUUCAAUUGUUUUAGCCUAGCUGUGGCAAACCGAUAGUUUGAAUUUACGCUCUUGCUAGGCACAGGGUGAGAUUGCGAUCGCGGAAAAUGUAUAGAAUCGACCAAUUUAUCGAGCGCGCGAUAUAAAGCUUUUUUCUUGCAUGUCGAUUGAGAAAGCACUAGGGCCGGCCUGCAGACAGACGUGACACACUGGCGCGGAAAACAUCCUAAUACAUCAAAUAGAAUCGUUGGAACUUUGAUGAUAAAUGGCCGAAAGUAGAAACACCACACUUCACUAUUCACAUUCGGACUGACUGGAUUUAAUAGACCUUUAUUUAUUUGUUAUUUCAUGUUUAUUUGAAGCCUUAUGUUGCGUAUCUGCCUUCCCCAAACUCUUUAGCCAACAUGGGAAGUGUAGACUAAAUCCUCCAUUUGCCUCUGGUAAAAUGGAGGAGGUCGUGUUCCUGCAUUGGAGACUGGGUGACCUGAUGAGGAUGAUGUUUGUGAUAUCGUGAUGGAAAUUAAUCCGCUAUGAUGUGCUGUUGAUUGUUAAUACCGACAACAGCGAAAAUUGGCAUUGCUAUACGGUAUCUUGCCACUUCUCUCUUUUCUGAAAACCCUGACAAAUGAACGCAAGCGCGAUUAUUGCUGUUCCCGCGAAAAUGCGCCUUGUUAUAUGCGCCUUAAAACGUAUUGUCCUAAAUCGUGGAAUUUAUAAAUAAAAGUAAAACCAUUCUAAUCAACUGUCAAUAAAUGUUUUCUUUUCAUCGGGCGAUUUUCACUGUCUGUUUUGCAUCGUUGGAAAAAUCACUGUGCACCAAUCAUGCACCAUUGGAGCCGUUAAAAGAUUUUUACAGUAGACUGGUGGAAACAGAACUGUAAAUCAUAGCAGAAGAAACAUUUCUUAUUUUCAUUUAUUUUACGCGUGUGUUGGGCAAUUGUUACUAUUCAAUCUAUGAAAACAGGAAGGUACACUUCCAUAUAAGAAUAUCAAGAAUAUUCUGUGAUCAAAUAAUUGUUACUAACAUACCAAUUACGUUUAUUUCAUUAAUAAAAUUUAAAAUAUUUUUGCUAUACGUGGGAAAUUUAAUGUUAUUCGAAAGACAAUAUCAUAAAAUUGUAUAUCUAACGCGUGAUUGGAGAUCAAUGCUCAUUUUAUACACUGUUAAAUUAUUUUUGAAAGAUUAUUAAAACAAUUUUAUUUUCUUCUAAAUUAUUAAUCGGUAAUUAUUUUUUAAUGCAUAAUGGGAUCGGAUGUGGCGCUAGUGUGAGGGCCUGACAAGUAGCUGUUUAUAAAUAUAUAUAUAAUAUAAUGUUAUUGUGUAGUUAGAUAAUAAUAUAUUAUUGAAGUUGAACAUAUUCGUAUAUGGAAGUGUGGUCACCACAGUGGUCGUGCGAAUUUGGCUCGAGUUGGCGCACCUUGACGAAUGUGGCUUCCCUUCAACCAAUGCUUAAUUCAUGGGUUAUUUUAAAAACAGAUGCACUAUCAGAAAGGUCUACUCAUGGCGAUGAACAACUAUGCUAUGGGACCAAUGGUGAUAAAGAGAAAAAUUUAAUAGCUGCUCGAUACAAUGAAGGCUAUCGUACUUGUUUUCAGUAAGUAGACGAGUUGUUAAUCUGGACUACUACUCUACAGUGGCGCCAUCCUAUUGUGAGCAAAUACGACAAUCCUUUCUACUACUGCAUCAAUAGUUGGCGCCACUGUCUGUCUUAGCACUAGUGAUUGACGACUCUAUAGUGGCGCCAACUGUUGAGCGCAAAUAUGGCAUAUUUUUUGUUUGACAUCAAUCUCAUAGUAAUAGAUGUUCAUAAUCACGAAUAGAAUCCUUUAUGAAAAGCAAUUGUUUUAAAAUUAACCCUGUUUAAGAGGAGUGCCAAGCUUCACUUUAUAUUCCUUCAAAGAUCACUUGCCCGCGCCGGUUGGAGGUGUUGCCACAUUCUGACGUACGCAAGUAUCCAAAAUGUAGUGACUGAUGAGCAAAAUUGUAUAAAUACAGUAUACUGUAUACAUAUCAAUUCCAUUGCAUACUUACCAAAGUCGAUUGAUGUGAAUACGACAGUUUACAUUCACUAGUCACUUCAUUUUGGAUACAUUAUAUACCUAGAAUAUUUUAGAUUCCCUGAUAAUAUUAGCGUUAAACUAUAAAUAAUUAUUAUAAUUAUCCUUAUCUCAUAUUAUUAGCUAAAAGAAUUAAGUUUAAUCGAAAUAUUAUAUCUUGUGUGGGACUAUUUUUGCUUUAUAACGCCUUUGAAUUAUGUAAUGUUUUGUAUAUUUAUCGUGGAAGUCCCGUGACGUCAUAGGAUUGCUCAGUCGGCACUUUUAAAACUUUUAUUUUAGCAGAAUAGACUCACGCAGAAAACAUUUUCAAGUAUAGAGAAGUCAUUAGGUAUGUAAUUUAUAUAAAACCAGCUUGGACUGCACAUUAAGUUUGUAUAACUGUAAUAUAAAAUUAUAUAACGUACUAUAAUAUUUUUAUGAUCGUGCGCGGCGGCAACGUCACGCCGGUCUGAGCUGUCUACUAACUUUGUAUGUUCCAGUGUUUAGUAUUAUUGCGUUAGUUUAUGUAGUUCACGGCUGAUCGUAUAGAUAUCUCAAACGAAAGUUUCAUUUUUAUUUAAAAUAAAAAAUACUGCUGAGAUUAUUUUUGUAUUCAUUCAUUUUCUAUACUGAAUGUUUUUAUUUAUUAACAAUUUGUGUCACUAUGAAGUACUUAUAUCAAUAAAAUUCACGAACAAUUUGUUGUGAUACGUAAAAGUGUUUGAGAUAUCUAUAAUUUGGUAAAAUAUCUAGCUAUUUCAAGAGGGUACGUACAUUGAAAUACAAUGUACCUACAUCAAAAUUUAUUUACGCCUACUUUAAAACUAAGAAUUUCAAAGAUAUCUUUUGAGAUAACCAGAUACUGAACCAAAUGUGUAAUUAUAUUUUUUUCUAUGGUGCGUUUAUUGAUGUAAUAUAUCAUUUUCUAAGAAAACACAAAUCAAUAUUAUAGUAAACAUGAAAUUGUAAGUUA